AUUUUCAAUGUUUUCUAAAAGUUGAAGGAGAUAGUGGAGCUACUUUUUUUUACGAUGUUAAAAUUUUAAUUUGAGUGAUAGUUCGGUACUUAUUUGAGCUACUUGUUACUUGCUCCCUCGUUUCCUUUCAACUAUCAUUUUUUAACGUGCUUAUAGUCUCGGAGGAAACGGCAUUAACCCUAACCUCACUUCAUCCCUGUUGUGUUUAGUUUGGUUUGUUCAGUCUGGAAAUUUUUUUUUUCCGUCCAAGACUUAGAAAAUAAUCACUAAUCUUUUUUCUGCCCGUAGCCUCUCACUCCCCUCUUUCAAUUCGCCUUUAAUUUUUUUAUGAAAAAUCAACUUUCUGAGCAUUUGACCUUUGUUUUGCGAGCGAUCCAUCACAAAGAGAUGUCUUGACUAACAAGAAACUAAUGCAAUUUUCCUUCAAUUUUUAACAAAUUUGAGGAAAAUCUAUUUCUCUCUCUGUAGUUCAUCAUGUCAGCUCUAAAGCAAGAGGUGUUACGAGCUUUCAAAUCACUGCACCGAGCAUGUAUGUCUAAGUUUGAAGGGGACACCCGGAUGUUGACAGCUGCAAGAGAAAAAAUAAAUGAAGAAUUCAAGAAACACAAACAUGUUACAAGCCAAACUGCAACUCAAGAGUUAAUCAAGGUUUCUCGAGAAGCUGAAAAUGAAAUUAGGACAAGUCUUGUUCAAGUGAAAGAAAUCAGACCUGGCCAUCAUGAAGUCAAAAUCACUCCAGAGACUACGAAACUAGAGAAUUUCCCGUACCGUGAUGUACCUGAAGAAGAGCUAAGAAGACGAAAACCGAGGAAACCAUGCUCUGAGAAAUGAAUUCCUAGUCAAUACAGCGUUUACUUUUUCCUGAUUAUGCAACAAAGACCCAUUUUUGUAUCAACAAUUUUGUCCUUGGUACCUGCUUAGUUUUGAAGUGUAACAUAAGUAUGGCAAUGAUUUAAGUUGAAAAAUGAACGUCUCCAUUUCAAAGGAUAAAUUGUUAAAAAAUUGACCAAAAUAUCUCCUUAAAAUAUUCUGUUAUGUAAUAAUUUUGAAUGAGUUAAGAAAAUUACAGUCAAUUUUAAGAAAAAUUGCCGAUUGGUUUCCUUUUAAAAAAAUCUUACAAGGGCAAUUUGCUACAUUGAAAUUGGAAUUACAUGUAUUUACUUAAACCAUUAACAUGUAAAUUAUCUAGUCUUUCAUCGUCAGUUUUUUUUAGUUUGUACGUUGACUACAGGCUCAAAGAGUAUACCUAUGUGUCCGUAAAUCCAAAAUUUGCACUCUUAUUUCACGCUUUCAUAGAAAACUACCUAACAAAAUUUACUUCCCAAUUUUAUGAGGAAUAUACUUACAAGUUAAAUAUAAAUUAAACAUUUUUGUUUUUUAGAAAUAAUAUUGAUUUAUUAUGGUUUUGAAUUAGCUUAAAAAGUUAUAAAAUCAGAAACCAAGCAAAAUUUUGUGAUGUUGGAAUGUAGACUCAAGGUUUUUUGGUUCAAGUUUUUGAUUUUUUCUGUAUUUCAAUUUACCUCUCUGACAGUUUUAAAUUUGUUUGUCCAAAAGUAGUGCAUGCCCUGAAAUUCUCAUGUAAUCAUUUUCAUAACAAUGAAAAUUAUUGCAAAAUAAAAUUUUAUUUUGUUAAUUAUUA